GCACUGAAGGAGGCCAUCUGUUCAGCCUAGAGUCAAAAGUAUUGGAUCUCUUCUAGGUCAGGCCUGCACAAUAAUGACACAGGAUUGGGGUAGAACUCUUUAAAAUCAGAGCUUUCCACCGGACCAUGGGUCAUCAGCCAGUUGCAACAGUUAGAGAGGGAACACGACCAUGCAGACAGGUCUCGGACCGAUGGAUGGGACAAGCGGCACAGCCUGCGUCCCCUCCCAGGCAGGCAGCGCCAGGCGGGGUCAGCUGUCGCAGAAAUGUUGGGCCUCUUCUGCGGCAGCCCCCUGCGGUCCAAUGGGUCGUGGCCCUCAGGUCUGGCUGGAGGAGCUGAUAGACCCUUCUUCUAACCACUCGUCCCCCAGCCAGCCGCCAUCCAGCCCCAGUCCCCCCAGCAGCAGCCCAGGCGGAAGCAGCAGCAGCAGCAGCAGCAGCAGCAAAGGCACCGUGUGCAGCUGGAGCUCGGGAGUGACCGGCCUCCUCCGCAGCUCAAUCGAGAAACAGCGGCAGGAAGCUUUUCAAACUCGACUCCGAGGGGAGAGAGGGUGGGGGGAGCUUGCCGCACGUCCCUGCGGCGGGCACCGUGGCAGAGUUCAUCCACGGGCGGAGCAGGGAGGAGGCAGCGGCCACAGCACACUGCACGCACGGCCAGAGAGCGGUGGGCCGUGUCAGGGGAGGGGCAAACUACAGUGCCCGUUGCAGGAAAAGAUCGAAGCCAAACUGAAGUUCUCGCAGUUCCUGGAUGAGGUGACAUCCAACGUGCUGGACCGGAACCGCCUGCGGGCAUUUGGGAGACCAGUUUCUCCCCGCAGCUCCACCGCCACACGCGCCGAUCUGCCCGAGGAAAAGGUCCACGUGGUGACCGAGGGGAGCCCCGGGCUGGCCGGCUCGAUGGCCCAGCAGCAGGCCUCAUUACUCGAGCAGAAAAAGCCCCGAGAGGAGCAGAUUCCCCCCGACUUGACACAGACAACCUACCUGGAGACGGACAUCGACACCGCGAGGGCCAAUGACGAGCAGCAGGACCCGGAGGUAAAAGCAGACCCGCCGCCGCAGCUGGACACAGACGGGGAGAACGUGAUUCCACCUCCUCCGCAGUUCUGUCAAGGGUUCGAGAUGAGGCGUCCCUUCCCGGAGUCGUACUUCCCCAGAUACCCCUGCAGAUCGGCCUCCAUGCCCAGGGGCAUCAACAUGGUGCCUGACGAAGAGAUGAACAACAUAGACGCUAUCAGCUCAUUGCUGGAGCAGAAGGAGGACUUGCGGAAGAGGCUCUCCUACACAACGCACAAGCUGGAGCUGCUGCAGAGCGAGUUCGACUCCACGCGGCAGUACCUGGAGACGGAGCUGCGCCGGGCGCAGGAGGAGCUGGACAAGUUCACCGACAAGCUGCGCAGGAUACAGAGCAGCUACUCGGCGCUGCAGCGGAUCAACCAGGAUCUGGAGGAAAAGAUCCACAGAGACUCCCAGCACCACGACGAAGAGAAGCGAGCUCUGAGCAGGGAGAUCAUCGUCCUCAACAACCACCUGAUGGAGGCCAAGCUCACCGUCGAGAAGCUGCGGGAGGACAAUGAUCUGUACAGAAAGGACUGCAACCUGGCGGCUCAGCUCCUCCAGUGCAACAAGUCUCUGUACAGAGCCCAGCUCUCUGAGCUGCCUGCUGAUUUUCAGGAGCGACUGACCAUGCACAUGGAGGAUUCCCCUCUCUGUCACACCUACCCCGACUCUGUCCCGGCCUCGCUCAUCGCCAAGGUGCUGGAGAAGCCGGACGAGGCCUGCAGCAGCAGCCAGGCCUCGCGCUCCCCGAGCCCCCAGACCCAGGACCACGCUUUCAUUUUGGAGCGUUUAGGCCCGGGCGAGCGCCUGGGGCUCCGCGCCGCCUACAAAUCCGACCUGUACGCCAGUGACACUGCCCUGUACUGCCCCGACGACCGGCACCGCGAGCGGAGGCCCAGCAUGGACCUUCACGGUCAGAGGAAGCUGCUGUACGGGCCCCAGAACUCCACCGACAGCACCCCAGAGGAGGGAUCGGUCGGGUUGAGGGCGGGCUUCUCCCAGGAACACUUUGUUAAGUUCCCCGCCACGCUGGGUGCCGGCUCCAGCUCCUACUCCAGUUUCAGUGGCGGGGGAUCUGAGGACAAAGGCAACGGUCCUCCUAGUAGCGUAGCUUCCUCCCCUCACCAUCAUUCCCUCUACAUGGAUUGGAGGGAUGCAGGGGACUAUGAGAGGAAGAGUGACUCAUCCUGGGAGAGGGACAGUCCAAGGGGCUUUGCCAACGCUCAUCCCUUCCAGCAGACGGAGCUGAGCCACCACCAGAACGGCAGCUCGCCGGUCUACAGCCGCACCAUGUCCUCCUGUUUCAGUGAGCCCUACGAGCCGCUGCCUCCCUCCUCAUCCCCAAGCGUCGCCUACGGAGACAGUCGCCGAGGCAGCACAUUAGCCCCCGAGGAGGACGAGCUGAUUGGCCGAUGGAGACAACUCAGUGUGGAGGACUUGAGUGCCCACACCUACCGCAGCCCGGGCCGGGCUUCACCUUACAGCUUCUCGGAGCAGCACUUCUCUGUGCGGCCGGCCAAGAUCCGCCUCGGGCCGCUCUACAGCAGCUUCCAGGAGGGGGCCGACUACUUUCAUCACGCAGCCGAGGUCAUGGACCCAGUGUGGGUGGCUGCCAGCCCCAGCCCCGGGUGCAGCCCAGGGCUGCGGCAGGCACACAGCCAGGCCCACCUCUUCCAAGCUGGGGACAGCCAGGAGUCCGAGCACAGCCUCUACCACACAGGGAGCUCCAAAGACCGGGAGGGCAACGUGGCAGCUGGCGGCCAGAGCACAGAUUACGUGGACCCCAGCCCCAACAGCUCCACCGAGUCCCUCCACCAGAGGUCCAUGGAGAUGGCCGCGGAGCUGCAGCACUACCAAGUGGAGAUGCACAGUUUGCCCGCGCAGGCGAGCCAGUCGCCGCCGCCGGUGCCGCCGCCCCCUCCUCCUCCGUACAACCAAAAAUUUGGCUCCCUGGGACUCUCUAGGAAGGACAGUCUGACCAAGGCCCAGCUUUAUGGAACUCUUCUGAACUGAGGUCCGUUUCUCCAAUCAGGUUUCUUCUUUGACAGGAUGUUCGACAGAAAAGGCCCUGGUCCGUCCAGCUGCAGCUUCUGUCAGCGCGACCACCUUGGCAGAAAACGGUUUCGAUAGAAACCGGGUGAGUGAAAUGAUUCAGCACCGUGAACCUGUAUGGCGGUGGAUGGCAACGGUUUUUCGCGACAACUGUCCGGGUCAAGUGAGUCGUGUAAAGAGUUGAAAUGUGGGGGCGACAGGAGAAGUGGGGCUCAAGCGGACCCUUAACUUUGUAUCGUAAUGUAUUUACAUUUACAAAUGUAUAAAUAUAUACUUGUAUCUACAAAUUGAGUGAUAUAUUUUGUAUGUGGCUGUCGGCAAGUUCCCAAAACAAUCUCCACAAACCCGGACCUUGUACAUAAAUUAAAAACUGCCAAUUCUAUAUUUGAAAACUCAGAGAGGUUUAUUAGGAGACAGUAGAUAAGUUUCAGUCAUUAUUUUCUAAUGGAUUGAAAGCGCUGGCCUUGGGAGGACUUAGAUGAAGGUGAAUGGUAAACUUAAGAGAACAUAAUUAAAUGUAACAAAUGAAUCACUCAAAUGAACAAUAAGAAACAUACAUUUUUGUUUUUCCUUCGGUUGAUUGGGUUUGACAGUAUUGAUGGGUGUGUUAUAUUGUUAUUGAUUGGACGUUUUUUUGAGAUGUGUCUUAUCUUUAGUUUUGUUCCUCUUAUAUCCAACGGAGAGGUUUUUUUUCUUCCCGGCCCCCAUUCUACCUCACAUUUGGAUGCCCACAACCUCAUUAAGCCAAUGUAACCUUGUUUCUUUGACUACGAUGCAUGUUUCUAUAUAUAUAUAUAUUUUGGUUGUUUUUGUUCACCUAAUAAAAGCACAAACUGCA